UCCUCUCAAACGCACAUGCGCAGUCGUUUGUUCUACUCUAGACAGCUGUAGGAGAAAAUGGCAGCAUACAUGCUAGGACAGCAGGCCCGCCAGUUCAGCACGUCUGUGCUCAGACCUGCAGGAAAGUUGGUUAAGCCUCCCAUCCAGGUCUAUGGAGUGGAGGGCCGUUAUGCCACUGCUCUGUUCUCAGCAGCCAGUAAGCAGAACAAACUGGACCAAGUGGAGCAGGAGCUGGGGAAAGUCUCUGCCCUGAUCAAGGAUCCCAAGUUGGCCGGUAUUGUAAUGAACCCUCAUGUAAAGCGGAGCAUCAAGCAGAAGACCUUCACCGAUACUCUUGUUAAGGCUAAACUGUCCCCCAUCACAGUCAACCUCAUCAAUGUUUUGGCGGAUAACGGCCGUCUUCCUCUGACCGGUGAUGUGAUCGGUGCUUUUGGUAAGAUGAUGAGCGCACACCGUGGAGAGGUCAUCUGCUCUGUUACUACUGCUCAGCCUUUGGAUGAGGCCAAUCUUGCUGAGCUGAAGGUAGCUCUGAAGGGUUUUCUUCAGAAGGGUGAGACUAUCAAGCUGGAAACAAAGUCCGAUGCCUCCAUCCUGGGUGGUAUGAUCGUCAGUAUUGGAGACAAGUACGUGGACAUGUCCACCAAGACAAAGAUCCAUAAGCUCACCAAGCUCAUGAAGGAGACUUAAGUCCUGUGGACAGAAUUCUGCAAAGAUUACCAUCGUGGGAAACGUUGAUAAAUGUAUAUUACUACUUGUCCAAGCACUGCGGUUGCACCAUUAAUCCAGUGUCUGUGCUUAAGUUCAUAUUGAUGUUAAUAAAAACUACAGAAAAACCGAAACUGAUCUUCGUCUUUGUUCAUUUUUCCAAACCUUGGCGCUUUAUUUGUUUCCCCCGUUGGACAUUGGGAGGUUGUUCCGUCCACGAUCUGAUCCACAUUACGCCACACGCAUCUGUCGCUCCAUUUCCUGGAUGUCCUUUGCGCAUGCGCGGUCUGUCCAUGUUUUUUUUAAAUAUUUUUUUUUU